AUGGUAUCAACCCCCACCAUCUCUCGCCAGCGCCCCGGCUCGGCCUGCGAAGAGUGUCGUCGACGAAAAGUCCGCUGCGAUCGACGUCGUCCCCAGUGCCAGGUCUGUUUCGAGACCGGCAUCGAGUGUAAGAUCAACACGACGAGACUGCCCAGAGGGCCACGGAAGGGGCAGUUGCGGACGUUAAGAACGAGAAUCGCCGCCCUGGAACGCUGUCUCGCCGACCAACACCCCGAAAUCAACCACCAAAUGGCCAGCCUCUUCAACGGCUCCCUCGUCGACAUGGACUCGGAGGACGAUCCGCUUAAAGAUCUACCGGGAUUAACAGACCCUCUAACUGACUGCCUCUCCGACGACCGCGACAUCAAAUCACCUAUCUCGCUGGACUCGCAGCCGCGGACCUCUGACCAACUCUACUUCGACCGCGUCCACCCCUUCGCUCCCAUCCUACAACGCUGGCGCUACCACGUCUGGGCAAAGGGCAAGAAAACAGACGCCCAGACCUGUCUGCAAUACGCCAUGUGGACCGUCGCCGCGUCGCUGUCCGCCCAAUUCCAAUCCUUCCGCGAUAGUCUCUACCAAGAGACGCGCCAGAUGCUAGAUACUCUGGACAUGCGGACGCCGAUUACUUCCUCCUCCUCUUCCACCACCACCACUACCUCCACCACGUCUAGCCUAGAGCAAGCUCAGGCAUGGGUACUAGUUUCGAUCUACGAAUACAUGCACCUCUCGCCCCAGCAGGCGUGGAUGAGCGCGGGACGAUGCUGUCGACUGGUUCUCGGGAUGCGGCUGUACGAGCUCGACGACCCGAAUAAUCCAGCCACCAUGGCGAGGGAGCAGGAUGGGUUGCCCCUGUCCUCGGCAUUUGGAGGGGGAGGAGUGGAUUGGACAGGGCUCGAGGAGCAGCGACGCACGUUCUGGAUGGCGUAUUCGUUGGAUCGGUUUAUUAGUUUUCACAAUGGGUUGCCGUUUACGUUGAAUGAGGGGUUGAUCACCACGCGACUGCCCGCGCCAGAGGAGGAGUUCCAGGCGGGACAGCCGGUCGUGACGCGGUUCCUGGCGGAGGUGAUGGCGCGGAGUUGUCUGGAGAGUGCGCCGGCUGGAAGCGGCGGGGUGUCGUCGUUCGGCGAGUGUAUUAUUCUCGCGACGAUCUGUGGGCGCGCGCUGUCGCAUCGUCAGAAGCUCGCUGUGGAGCAGAUCAACGGCGACGUGUUUGAUGGGCUCUGGACGCGGCAUCAGUGGCUGCAUGAGCUGCUGAGCCAUCGCAUUCAGGUCCUCUCGACAUCGACGCAGGUGGACUCGAUGCUGAUUUUCGCAAGGAUCGUGGCGCAGACGAUGGUGCUGUAUUUGCACAACGUGCUGGAGUCGAUUGUCUGGAAGACGGGGGAUCAUUUGCUGGGGAUUAUCGAGUAUGAGCGGCUGUGUGUGUUGGCGGCGCAUGAGGUGGUGAAUUUGGUGAAGUUGCAGGGGCAGUUGGGGUAUUUCAAGGUCCACCCCCUAACGCCUAUCCCCCUGAUGAUGUGCACCGAGUUCUUCACGGCGCAUGGAUGCUUGGAUUCGUCGUUCGACGGGAUGCUGCGCGAGUUGCUGGAGUGUCUGCAGGACUUGGAUCGAGUCAAGAACCCGAUCCAGAGCCCACAGCUGUCUGUGUCGUAG